AUGGAAGAGGACCAGUCACAGUCACAGCCACAGCCAUCCAAGAGCGGUGGCCAAGCGGCUUCGGGGUUGGAAGAUUAUCAGUUUACCUUCAAUUGUUCUGCACCUAGCUCAACCAACGGCAGCUUCCUUGAGCCCGAUCCACAGGCCGUGUCCAUGACCGACGAUUCCAUGUCACUGACGGAGAGCAUCUUUGACUUUCCGAAGCGAUUUGGCCGAACCUAUCAUGCGUAUAAAGAAGGAUCAUACAUGUUCCCCAAUGACAAGUUGGAACAAGAUCGCCUGGCCAUACAAGAUUAUGCAUUCACGAAAGCAAUGGGAGACAAGCUCUACUUUGCCCCGCUGGAUGCACGACCCCCAAGGAGAAUCCUGGACAUUGCCACCGGCACAGGAGAUUGGGCGAUAGCAAUGGGCGAUCGCUUCCCGGAGGCCAGAGUUACGGCUACGGAUCUGUCGCCAAUCCAGCCCGAUAUCGUUCCGAUGAACGUCGAGUUCUUUGUGGAAGACAGCUCCGAGCCCUGGGUCUUCAGUGAGCCCUUUGACUAUAUCCAUACCAAAACGACGGGCGGCUGUUGGGAAUCCUUCGAGACCCAGAUCGUGCAACAAGCUUUUGACACACUCUCUCCCGGAGGCUGGUUCGAGGCCCAGGAGUGCUGCCCUGUCCCACACUGCGAUGACGGCACGUUCAAGGCGGAUAGUGCGCUGGCCUUGUGGUUCCUUGACUUUCUCAACGCCGCUGUCGCGGCCAAACGCCCUCACGCAGAGUUUGGCUAUCUGAAAAGCAUGAUGGAGCGGGUGGGAUUCGUAGAUAUCCAUCAGAGAAUAUUCAAGGUCCCUCUCAAUGGAUGGGCCAGAGACCCAGCGCUGAAGGAGAUUGGCCAGCUGAUGGAGACGAACAUGCAGAUGGGAUUGAGUGCCUUUUCGCUAGGCCUUUUCAAUCAAGUCUAUGGACGGACGCCUGAGGAAAUUGAGGUAUCCCUUGUCGAAGUCCGACGAGAGGUGUCGGAUCCCUCGAUUCACGCAUACUUGCCUAUUUUCGUCGCUUGGGGAAGGAAGCCGUUUCCGGGGGAGCAAUCAUGA